CGCGUUCCGCUCGCAAUAGGAGAUGACCAGAAACUGUGCCAAGAACAGUGCCGCGGCGGCCGCGCCAAACCGCGAUGUGGCAUACACCUACGACGCCGUAACACACCUACAUCGGUGCCACGGGUCGGUUGUACCAACACCGCGACGACGACGACGACGACGACGACGACGGGGAGGCCUACGCGGUGCGCUACCGCGAUUUACGCGAAUACGGCGUGUAUCGCGAUCGCGAGAUGCGGUAGGAGAGCGCGGGGCUCUCGAGAGUGAAGAUCUAUUGGGUUGGCAAGAAAAACGCUUUUUUAUACGAAUCGCUCUCCACGCGAGACUUUAUCUCCGGCUCCGAGGAACGUGGCUGGAGCCGCUUGUGACAGGCCGAGGGUAAACUUUGCC